AAAAGUUUGACCCAGGUUUUAAUGAUGUCGGGCACUCUGCAACAAAAGCAAGACAAUGCAGCGUUAUUGGUGCUCGCUGCGAUUACCUUGGCACUCGUAACCAUUCUCACUGUGUGGAAGUUAAAGCAGUUCAAAUAUAGAUUGGUAAAUGAAGCUGGGGUUGCAAUGUUUUAUGGUAUGCUUCUGGGGUUAACUGUGAGAUUUUUAUGGCAUGAUAAAGGAGGGCAUUUGGGCAACGCAACAGCAGUGAAUGGUGUAAACUGCACUCGUCACAUCUUGAUGGUCAACACAACAUCACACAGACAUGUCAGAAACCACAGAUGCGCAGCGGACUCAACACCUCCUGCAGUAACUGCGGAGACCUUUGAUCUGCAGGUCCUUUUCAAUCUGUUCCUGCCACCCAUCAUCUUCCAUGGAGCUUACACCCUUAAUCAGAAACGAUUCAUUACAAAUCUGGGAUCUGUCCUCGCCUAUGCUUUUGUGGGUACCAUAAUCAGCUGCAUGUCCAUAGGGGCUUGCAUGUACGGCUUCACCAGGCUGGUGCUGUCGAGCCAAGCAGCAGAUGGAGAAUUCUUCCUCACUCACUGCCUCCUUUUUGGUGCCAUUAUGUCAGCCACUGACCCAGUCUCAGUCCUUGGCCUGUUGUCAGAUCUGCGCGUGGACUUGGAUCUGCACACGCUGCUGUUUGGCGAGAGCGUCCUGAAUGAUGCCGUUGCAAUCGUCCUGACACACGCCAUCACCACCUACACCCGGAUGGAUGCAGGACACAUCUUUGACCCUACUGCCUUUCUCCACUGCCUUGUUUUUUUUCUUGGAGUGCUUAUUGGCUCCUUCCUCUUAGGUCUCAUUUUCACAGUAAUAACAGCCCUCCUCACCAAAUUUACUCGGCUCCAUGAAAAUCCCCUGCUGGAAACGUCAGUCUUCCUCUUGCUUUCCUGGAGCAGCUUCCUCUCGGCCGAAGCCUGUGGACUAUCAGGUAUUGUGGCAGUGAUGUUUUGCGGUUUGAGUCAGGCAAGGUACACAGUUCUCAACCUAUCCCCUGAGGGCAGAGCGAGGACCAAGCAGCUCUUUGAAGUCUUCAACUUCCUUGGGGAGAUUUUCAUCUUCGGCUACAUGGGAUAUAUACUGUUGAUGUUUACUUGCCAUGUCUUCAGUGCUCUCUUCAUUUCUGGGGCAUUUCUAUCCAUCUUUAUUUCAAGAGCGCUCAACAUCUACCCUUUAUCUUUCCUGCUGAACCUGGGCCGUACAAACAAGAUACCUCACACGUUCCAGCACUUCAUGAUGUUUGCAGGUUUGAGGGGGGCUGUAGCUUUCAGCCUGGCUGUAAGAGACACAUCCACAGAAGUGAGUCGCACCAUCUUCACCACCACCCUACUGAUAGUUGGCUUCACCAUCUGGGUGCUUGGUACAGCUGCUGAUCCCAUGCUGCGGUGUCUGGACAUCAGAGUGGGGGUGGAUCCAGAUGAAAACCUGGAGGACCUCUCUUUUGGGAUUGCUACAGAGAGGCCAGACACAACACAGGGCCUGUGGCACUCUCUCGACUACAAAUAUCUAAAGCCAGUGCUGACUCAUUGUGGCCCCCCGCUGAUUAACUCACUGCCACAGUGGUGUGGUGCAUUUGCCAGAGUCUUCAGUAGCCCCCAUGUGCAGGAGGAUGAAGAAGAGAUGUGUGAGAUAGAACCAAAUGAAACCACCUUCAGUCUGAAGAAAACAGAGAGCCAGCAUGAAUCUUCAGGAGGCGAUUCUGCAUCUGAGCCACAGGAGGAUCUGCUGGAUGGAGACCUGGGCCUCGGCAAUGCUCCAGCUCACCCGAGGGAGGCAAGCGAGUCCAGGACUCAACUCUAACUCGUCUUAUCAGCUAUUGACUCCCUGAUGCUAAAGCCCACCUCCCACAGUGGAACCGGGGGUCAGUGGUCAGGACAUCUGCCAGCAGCUGACUGGGAGUUAGA